GCCUCCUUUCUUUCUCUGCCUCCUUACUUUCUCUGCCCCUCGCUCCCUCACAAUCCCUCGCCCGAAAUCCUUGCCGCCGCCACCUACGCCUCUUGUUCCGGCGUGUUCCGGGGGGCCUCGCCGGCGCCUAGCCCAGAUCCGAGCUCCCCUGCCUCCGCUCUUCCCUCCCCUCCGGCCAGAUCCGCCUCUCGCGGCCCCGAUAGCUCAUCCCCAACCCCUUCCCACGGCUAGGGUUUCGAGGGUGGCGUUCCCACCAAUUCCGGCGCGGCGGCGGCGACUGUGCUCCGCCCUCUUCGACGCCCACCAACCUAGCCACAUGGCACGACCAUGGCCAUGGCGGCGGCCAGAUCCACCCCCUCCCUCAUCUCCUCGCCGCCGCCACCUCCUCCCCGUCCUGCAGCGGCGCGUCCCGCCACCACCUCCUUCCUCGACGCGUCUCGCAGCGACGCCCAUCGCGUCCCGCAGAUGUCGUCCCCAAUCACCACCGCGUUCCCCAAUCCCCACCCCAACCAAAAUCUUCCCCAUCUCCCCCGGCCGGUUUACCUCCCGUCCGCGUCCCCUUCCCCACCCCCGCUCCCAGAUCGCGCUGCGCGCCGCCCCUGACCGCCGCCGGAACCCCACCCCUCCGCCGACGAGGCCCGACCCCGCGGGGGCCCAGCCAAGAUGGUGCUCGCGCAGCUGGGCGGGAGCAUCUCCCGCGCGCUCGCGCAGAUGAGCAACGCCACAGUGAUCGACGAGAAGGUGCUCGGGGAGUGCCUCAACGAGAUCUCCCGCGCGCUCCUGCAGUCCGAUGUCCGGAAGAUCGUCAACCUCGAGACCCUCGCCGCCGGCACCAACAAGCGGCGCAUCAUACAACAGGUCGUCUUCACGGAGCUCUGCAACAUGCUGGAUCCAGGGAAGCCGGUCUUCACCCCCAAGAAGGGCAAGCCCAACGUAGUCAUGUUCGUCGGAUUGCAGGGCCAGUCUGACUCACCAACCAACCUCGCAUGCUUGCUCUGUUUAUUGUUCUACACCUAUUACUGAAUGUAUAUAUGUACCACUCUGUGUGUAGCAUUUUUCUAACUGUACAAUAGCACUCACUCCUCUACUGUCACAUAAUAGAUUAGCCCUGAAUUCAUCUAGUUUGGAUCAAAACAGAACCAUUGAUUAAUACUAGAUGAUUGUUACUGUACAUUUGGUUACAGAUUUCUUUGAACUAGUUUGAUUCCCUGCUGAUCUACAUCUUUUACUUACUCACAUGCUUGACUGAAUUUGCUACUGCUGUUACUCUAGUGGUGAACGAGAUAGGCAUUCUAUUGCUUGUUUCCUUGCUUCCACAAAUUAAAACUCUGUAAUCUUGUUAACUGCUACCGCUGUCAUGAACCACACAUCUGAGCUGAACUUGACAUUGAUUUGCUCGUGUGUCAAGUAUGGAUAGACUUUGCUAUUCACCAGUAUUCAGGCGGUUGAAGUGUGCGUGUUGCUGCGGCUGUCAGGAUGUCGUUGGGUUGUUAUCACUAGUACUAGUCCUAUCAAAUUGCCUGUGAGUAGUUCAUUACCAUGCUAUCCAGGGGAUAUUCAUUUAUGUGCCUGUGAAUUCGUUCUUGGUGUGUAUGUAUGUAUUACUGUUAUUGUCGUUCCUUUUCUGUCUUCUUUUGUCAGAUUUUGUUUUUUGUAGUAAUUUAAGUUCUGUUUUGUAGACCUAUUUGUUUGUGUUACUGUUCUAUUUGUCCGGUGAUGAAAAACCUGUUAAUCAUACCAUCUUUCGGGACUGAUUGGUCGCAGUGCGCCCAUGCUGUCAUUCUGCAAUUCUGAGGACAAAUUGAACAGCUUGACUGUAAUUUUUUUGAAUACUUCCGAACUUACAUGUCAUCUAUUUUUCAGUUUUUUUAUUCUGUUGUUUACUAUGUAUAGAAUAUGGCUGGACAACGAUGAAAACCGAAUAAAACACCAUCUUUUUGGACACCUAAUGACUGGACAAAUAUGUUCAUAUUUUUUAAGUUGCUUUGAUCUUUGUUGAUAAUUUUUUGGUCUAAAAUCUUUCUCUAUGAAGAGAGUACAAGCAGACGGGCGGUCUGAACUGAUGCCAUGUUGAUAUGUCUGCAUCAUCUGUGCUACCCUUGUGGUUGGCAUCUGAGAGAAAAAAAUUGUGCACUUUGUUCUUCUCAUAAGUUACAUUUUUUUUAAUUCUUCAGCUUUUUGUCCUGUUUGCACUUAGCUUCUACUAUCCCUCUUUGUUGCACUUGGUCUAAGGGGGAUGUAGUGGGCGCGGAUAGAGAAAUGGUUUACUUGCCAACCCUUUGCAGCGUUUGCCAUUUCUUUGGAUUAGUGGCAGUGAUUUGAACCUUACCCGUGCUUCUGAUUAAUUCAUGAAGGACAAGGGAAAACAUGGUUGAAUUUCUUAAUAUGAGGCAAAAAGAGACACUCACAUUAUUGUCAUUCUUUUAGAUUCAUGUGUUCUGUUUGACCAUGGCUGUGAUGAUAAACACUUUCAACAAACAUGACAGUUCUGCUUCUGAAAAUUCAUGACUGAAAAACCUGUUAUACAAGACCUGUUUAGUACUCAUGUAUUAUGGCCGUGGCUUAUUUAUUAUGUGCUUGUUGUGCCUUGUGUAUUGGUGCCUAAUUAGCUUCUGUUAGGGGAUAAUCUACUGGUUAUAGCAAGAUUUUACUAUUGUGCCGUGGAAUAGAUGGUUCAUGUGUACUGCAAUGUACUAGUUGAGCUCUGCUGGCUGUACUAGUCGAACUCUGCUCCUUCUAACUCAUAUCAAUUUUGCUCCUUCUGCUGUACAAGUGAUGCUUGUGUGAUUGUUGAUGGACAGGAACUAGCAAACUUUGUUGUUUUGCAACUGAAUGAACGCAACUCAGUUUGUACGUCACCCAGCUUGCUGCUGCGGUGGCUGUCGAUGCCGACGAGCCUGCAACAUCUCCGAUGAGCUGCAGGACCUGGACACCUUAGGAGCUCCAGGCCUAGGAAAUUUCAAGUUUGAAGUGGCGUGUUCUGAUAGUCCAGAAAAGUGAAGAAGUCUGGAGUGUAUUUGUAGUAGGAGUUAUAUGUUCUGAUAGUAUCACAUGUAAUGGUGAAAUGAAUUAUGUAAAGAUUGUGCUAUUAGCCAAAAUUGGCAUGUGGUUUGAUAA